CUUUUUGGCGUAGUUUAAUCAUCGGCUGGCACUGCGCGCGUGAAAUGAAAUCAGACACCGCGCGCUCCACUCCACGGAGGCUGAUCGCCGGCCACAGCCAAAAACCACCCCAUCAAAAGCCGAGCUCUCUCGUCUCUUUCCCCGGCCGCGGUUAAUUCCUCGCCCUCUUUUCCAGUGCCCUCGGCAGGUUUAACCUUAUCGCCUCCCUGGUCCGGUGUGUGCGAAGCUCUUCCGAUCGAUGCCGGACGCGGAGAGGCAAUCGCCGUUGGCGUCGGCGGAGAGGCGGCCGCACUUCUUCAAGGUGCUCAUCGGCGACUUCAAGAAGCGCCUGAUCCCGCCAAAGUUCUGCAAGCACAUCCCCUGGGAGGCGUCCAGGAAGGCCAAGGGCCUGAAGGAGGCGUCCAUGGCGGCCACGCUGGAGGGCCCCAGCGGCCGGACGUGGCAGGUCGUCAUCCGCCGGACCGCCGAGGGCACCUUCUUCACCGCGGGCUGGGCCAAGUUCGUGCAGGACCAGGCGCUGCGGGAGCUGGAGUUCCUCGUCUUCCGCCACGACGGCGGCACCAGCUUCGCCGCCAUGGUGUUCGACAAGUCGGCGUGCGAGCGGGAGGACCUGCUGCUCGCCGGCGACGCGCCGCGGCCGCGCAGGAAGCGGGGCCGGCCGAGGACGGCGUCGCGGGCCCUGGAUGACUCGGCUGGCAUGGAGCUGGUCCCGUACCGUGCGCCUGCCGAUCGGCUGCCCCAAGCCGCGUGCUCCGAUCGGAUGCCGGAGUCGGACAAGUCAAAUGGUACAUGUUCCCUCUGUUUCUCUUCCUUCUACAUAGCAUUCAGAUUUGGCUUCUCAGACGCAAUGGCGAUGUGUUCCGUUCAACACAAUGCAUGUAACGGUCUUGCAGGAUCAGCGGGGCAUCCCGGCCCUAUGAAGGCCGAGGUGGGCGCCGGCGAGCUCCCGCUGUGCUUGAUCGCCGCACCACCGUCGGAGUCGGGGCAGCUCCUGCCUGGCCACUUGCCAGCCGGGACCAAGGACGGGUGCGCGGUGAAAACGCGGAGCAUCCACGGCGACCUCGCGGCGGCCAGCAUCCCCCCUUCCGUGAGGAAGUACAACGGGUACGUGUCCCGGCGGCGGCCCGUGGCGAGCGCCGAGCGGCAGCGGGCCAUGGAGCUCGCGCGCGCGUUCCGGUCGUCGCUCCCCUACUGCGUCAUCCGCAUGAGCACCAUGCACGUCUACUACUCCUUCAUGAUGAGGUUCCCCACGGGGUUCUCGAGGCAGCACCUGCCCCGGGAGAAGACGGAGAUGGUGCUCCGGGACCCGGGCGGCAAGGCGUGGGCGGCGCUCUACAUCCCCAGCACGAGGGACCGGCUGUCGCGCGGGUGGUGCGCGUUCGCGCGCGGCAACUGCCUCGAGGAAGGGGACUGCUGCGUCUUCGAGCUCGUCGGCGCCGCCGAGUUCCGCGUCCACGUGUUCCGGGUGGUCGAGCCCGCCGUGCCGGCGGUCAGGCUACGUUUAGCUUGAGCUUUAGCUGCACGCCUGGAAUUACCUGGCGCGCAUUGGAUCGUCAGAGGCACUCUGAACGAAAGCAAUUAAUCCGAACGGAUAAUUACUAUUCAAAUGCACACUCAAUCAAAUGCAAUGCUGGAUCAUUCGUCUCCUCCGGUAAAAUGCAAUGCAGUAAUUUAAGCUGAUGACCGUCGGAA